AUGCAAGCCAAUGGCCUUAGCAAUACCCAGAAGAAGAGCCUCAAUGUCGAGUCGCCUGCGUUCACGCCGAAUCUGACGCCUCAGAAUGCUAAAGCGCUGCCGGCUAAAAGUCUGGGCCUUUCGCCCAAGGUAGCUGCAGCAGCCACGUUCACGCCUAGAGGAUCCGGCUCUGUGACACCAGCCACAAUAUCACAUUCGAAACAUACCUCCGAUGAGUUCAUACCACAAAACGCCUUCCAACCACAGCAGCACUUCAAUGAGUUCGUGCCGGGUCAGAACUUUGUACCGCAACCACAGUUGGAGUCGCCACCGCAAAUACACCAGCAGGUGAAUCCCUAUGGCGACCCUUUCAUGUCUGCGCAAACAUUACAGCAAACCUUGCCCAGCCUGGAUGGUACGCAAGCACAGAUCAACCCAUAUAGUCAAGCUGCACCUGCUGUCUCCACACAGCCGUACUACCAGGACAGCAGCAGCUAUAAGCACCCGCUCAACUACCAUCUGUACGCUUCCGUAGGACCACGGCGAGAAAACAUGCAACCCUAUCAACGAGCAUCCGCCGACUUCUUCAUACCCGAUAACCUUCGUGAAGAUCUUCAUAAGAGAUCUGAAGCAGCGCUGCAGGUGUUCGCCAACAGCACUCUCCCUCAGAGCCUCGAACACUUCCACUCGCUAGUGGCGCUGGACACGAACAGUCAAAGAAGUACAACCACCUUCGGCUAUGCGAGCUGGAUCUACAAAGCUACAUCGAGCAAAGAUGGCCAUACGUAUGCUCUGCGAAGAAUAGAAGGCUUUCGCCUGACGAACGAGCAAGCCAUUCGCAACUUCCAAGCUUGGAAGCGGUUAAGCAGUGCAGGCGUAGUGCGAGUCCACGAUGCAUUUACUGGGCGCUGGUUCGGCGACAGCUCACUGGUGAUCGUGACGGACUAUCAUCCUCUGUCACAGACAGUAGGUGAUAAGCACUUCAACCAGGCGCGGCCAGGCAAGACUGGCACCCAAUUUGUGCCCGAGAAUGACCUCUGGGGCUACAUUGUGCAAUUGGCUAGCGCCCUAAAGGCUGUACAUGAAGCUGGUCUCGCGGCGCAGACAGUGACUGCUUCGAAAGUGCUCAUCACAUCGAAGAACAGACUACGGCUCAGUGGUUGCGGUGUGUUGGACAUUACGCAGUACGAACAGCGCCUACCAACCACAGAACUACAGCGCCAGGAUUUGCAAGAUCUCGGCCGUCUCAUUCUCGGCAUCGCAUCACGAAAUCCCACAGCACAUCAGAAUGUGCACAAAUCGCUCGACUUCAUUAGUCGAGCAUAUAGCGAGCGCUUCCGCUCAUGCCUCGCAUGGCUUCUUGCGCCACCCUUUUCGACUUCAAGUGCCGACGGUCUGCUAGGUCCAGCCUCUCCAUCAUCCGACGACGGUGUCGCGCGCACGCUAAGCGAAUACAACAUCAGCAACCUCCUCACCAACAUUGCGGACAAAGUGGUGUUAGUGCUCGACAGCACACUCCAAUACGAAGACGAAACCACGAACAAUCUUAUGCGUGAGCUCGAGAAUGGUCGCCUCGUCCGGCUGCUCGCAAAACUGAACGUCAUCCUCGAGCGCCCAGACCCAAGCACGACCUCCACCUCAACCACAACGACAACAAACCUCAACCAGCCCUCUUCCGCAUGGUCGGAGACAGGUGAGCGGUACUACCUCAAGCUCUUCCGUGAUUACGUCUUCCACCAGUGCGAUCACGAAGGCCGACCGGUUCUUAAUCUAGGACAUAUCGUCACUUGCCUGAACAAAUUGGAUGCGGGCGUGGAUGAGAUGAUACAGCUUAUUAGUCGUGACGAGCAGAAUAUCUUUAUCGUUAGCUUCCGAGAAGUCAAGCGAGGCUUCGAAGCGGCGUGGGCAGAGAUCAGUCGUGGUGCUGCGGCUGGUGGAGGAGGUGGUGGAAGGCGAUAG